GCGAUAAAAACUUAAAAGCGUUGUGGACUAUAUCCACGUACGAUCAAUAGUUUCUUCAUUGUCUAUUGUCCAUCUUUACCCUAAAUCCCCUGCCAUCAGAAAGAAUAAAAUAGAUAAGAGAGAGUCAGAGUCCUAUUACAAUUCUUCCCAGAGAAACAAACAGAGAGAAGAUAGACUAUAAAAAUAACGGAAAAGUACGGACAGGCACAAUGCAGAUUUCUGAUUUCCACUGCAGAAUAAUUCCAUGCCGUCCCUAACGUCUCUGGUGACGCUGCUAUCACUGCUAGGGAGGGUCGUGUUUUGCUUGGCUGAAGCCGCGGCUGAUUUCUUUACUCGGAGGUUUUGAACGGGGUUUCAUCUGUUUUCUUUUUCAUCUUUUCUAAUUUCGGGGGUCUAUAAGUCUAUGUUUAUUUUUAUGUUCCAUUCGUUCAUGCAAUCAAUCUCAUCACUGAGCCGGCCUGAAGCAAAGAUUCAAUAAAGACGAAGCAUUUAGGCGAUUAGGUUCCAGGAAACAAAUAAAAGCUAGCUACAACAAAUGAGAAAAGCGACAAGAGGGUUUGUUAAGAAGCCCAGGCCAAAGAGAUGGCCAAGAAGAUGGCAGGCAAGGAGAGAACCCCAUCAUUUCACCACGACAAAUAAGUUGAAGAAAGCACAGUAUCAGUAUGCCCUCCUCCAUGUCCCCAGCGCUCCACUUAACACCACGUCCUACAUUAUCAAAGCCAAGGAAACAAACCACCACCCUGUCACCUCUUCUUCUCCCCUUCACAACGAUUCCGAUGGGUUACAUUUAUCUUCUUUCUACGGCUAUGGCUCCAUGAAAGGACUUCUGGGGUUGUGCCAAUGGAGCGAAGAAACAGGCGAGUCAGUCUCAUCGAGCUGUAAGAGAGUGGAACAGGAAGAAGAGGAAGAGGAGGGAAUGAUGGAUGGUCUGGUGCAUUGGCAGCCACAGAAGAACUCUAGCAGGAUCAUUAUACCAAAAUUACUAGCUCUAAGGAUCAGGAAACAAGGAGAUCAAAUUGCACAUCUGGAAGAAGAUAGCCUGAUGAUGAAGGAGAGGGUGAUGUGCCUGGAAAGAGAACUGGACGGACUUAAACACAGGGUCAAGAUACUUGAACUUACCAAUCAUGCAAUGAGCGUUGUCCGUGUUUGUUCUUGCGACGCCUCUUCUGCUUAAAGAGUUAAAAGAGUUAGAUAUAUUUAUCCGUUCAUUAAAUUACUACUUCUACCUGAUAUUUGAUUUACAUAUUUUGCCAAGUGGAAAGAACGGAUGACAUGGCAGGUUUAGGAAAUAUGUGGACUCAUUUUGUUGGGCAAACAUAUCAUCUAGAAAGUCGUGUAAGAGAGAAUUAAUUA